CUGGUAUGUGCCAGGGAUGGCACUAGGCAUAUAUUCUCUCAUUGGAUCCACAUCACUAUCCUGUGAGAUAUUACCGUUUUACACAGAAGGAAACAGGCUCGGAGAAGUCAGUUAUACAGAAAUGUGAAUUCACGGUUGUUUGAAUUCGAAGCUUAUGCUUUUUCCACUAUACCUUGAUAAACCUUUUUCAAGAUUUUUUCUGGGCCUAGAGUGAGUGUCAUCUUGAAAGUAUUUUGUAAUAUUGUGUGCGUAUGUAUGCUCCUCCCCCUUCCCCAUUUAUUUACAUUUACUAAAUUUAGAACCAGGGCAUGGACUCGAGAACUUCAGGCACUGUAUGUCAGUUUUUCCCGCUAGAAAAUAGGGAUAAUUACUGCCCCUUCCCCAGUCAAAGGAAUGAUGUGAUAAUUUAGGGCCUAAUAUUAGUAGCCGUCACCCAAAAUGCCCAGUAGGAGCGGCUGACGCCAGCCCGGGAUCCAAUGCCAGCUUUAAGAGAAAGGUGACCCCGUAGGGACCCGCGGCUAAGGAGAGACCAGCCAGUCCUUGCCUCUUUUCCGAUGCAUCCCGGAAUUCGUAGUUCCCUUAAGGCCACAGCGUACUUUUAGGGCCGGUCGCUUACUACAAGUCCCGUGACAACCCGGGGCCCGGGCAGCGCCUGCGUAGUGAAGCCGAGGGAGAGUGCGGGCGGUGCUAGUGGCGGGAGGAGUAAAGAUGGCGGUGCGGGGGUCUCCGCCUUCUGCUCCAGGCUGAAACGCUCUGAGGGAGGCGACAGCGGCAACGGGAGCUGCAACAGCAAUCUAGCAGCGAUAGUUUCAGCAGCCGCUGCUAAAGCUGGAGCAAUGGCGGAGCUGGAGCACCUAGGCGGGAAGCGGGCAGAGUCGGCGCGAACGCGGCGGGCUGAGCAGCUUCGGCGCUGGCGGGGUUCGCUGACCGAGCAGGAGCCCGCGGAGCGGCGAGGCGCGGGACGGCAGUCGCAGAGUCGUCGCGGGAGCCCCAGGGUCCGCUUCGAGGACGGUGCUGUCUUCCUGGCCGCCUGUUCUAGUGGGGACACCGACGAGGUGAAAAAGCUUCUGGCUAGGGGAGCCGACAUCAACACCGUCAACGUGGACGGCUUGACAGCCCUGCACCAGGCCUGUAUUGAUGAAAAUUUGGACAUGGUGAAGUUUCUGGUGGAGAAUAGAGCCAAUGUAAACCAGCAGGACAACGAGGGCUGGACCCCCCUUCACGCGGCAGCUUCCUGUGGCUAUCUCAACAUAGCAGAAUAUUUCAUUAACCACGGAGCCAGUGUGGGUAUUGUGAAUAGUGAAGGUGAAGUCCCUUCUGACCUUGCAGAAGAGCCAGCCAUGAAGGAUCUUCUCCUGGAGCAAGUGAAGAAGCAAGGAGUUGACCUAGAGCAGUCAAGAAAAGAAGAAGAACAACAAAUGUUGCAGGAUGCCCGCCAGUGGCUCAACAGUGGGAAAAUAGAGGAUGUGAGGCAGGCCCGCUCAGGGGCCACAGCCCUCCAUGUGGCCGCUGCCAAGGGCUACUCCGAGGUUCUCAGACUUUUAAUUCAGGCUGGCUAUGAACUCAAUGUUCAGGAUCAUGAUGGCUGGACCCCCCUUCAUGCUGCUGCACACUGGGGAGUGAAGGAGGCUUGCUCCAUCCUGGCAGAAGCACUCUGUGACAUGGAUAUCAGGAACAAACUGGGCCAGACCCCAUUUGAUGUGGCUGAUGAGGGUCUUGUGGAGCACUUGGAGAUGCUCCAGAAGAAGCAGAAUGUGCUUCGAAGUGAAAAAGAGACGCGGAAUAAACUCAUUGAGUCAGACCUGAACAGCAAGUUGCAGAGUGGACUCUUUAAGAACAAGGAGAAGAUGCUCUAUGAGGAAGAGACACCCAAGUCCCAAGAAAUGGAGGAAGAAAACAAGGAAUCCAGCAGCUCCAGUUCAGAGGAGGAAGAAGGUGAAGAUGAAGCUUCUGAGUCAGAAACUGAGAAGGAGGCAGAUAAAAAGCCAGAUGCCAUUGUCAACCAUUCCAACUCUGAAAGCAAGAGUAGUAUCACCGAGCAAAUACCAACACCAGCUCAGAACACCUUCUCUGCCUCUUCUAGGAGAUUCUCCUCCAGCCUUUUUAACAAGCCAGAAGAGCCCAAAGAUGAAUCUCCUUCUUCCUGGAGACUGGGACUCAGAAAAACUGGCAGCCACAACAUGCUGACUGAGGUGGCCAAUUCCAGGGAGACUCUAAGAGACCGAGGCUCCUCUGUCUACCGUUCAUCAUCAAGCCCUCGAAUUUCUGCUGUACUGGACAACAGAGAUAAGGAGAGAGAAAACAAAAGCUAUUUUGGUUCACUAGCAUCCAGGAGGCUCAGCAGCACAAGUGACAUUGAAGAAAAGGAGAACAGAGAGUCAGCUGUUAAUCUAGUGAGGAGUGGUUCCUACUCCCGACAGCUGCGGAGGGAUGAAGCAAAGGGAAAUGAAACCCCGGAAACAGUUGCUCCUUCCACCUAUGUGUCAACGUACUUGAAAAGUGCUUCAUUUGGUAGAAGUAGUGACCCCACCAGUCCCUACAUUUCAGCCAAUCGCAAUUCAUCUCCUGCUACCUCACCCAUUACCACUGGUUCAUCUACCUCUCAGGGCUGCCAGGGGCAACCUGCCUCUUCUUGCCCUGCACCAAUCAGUGCAAACACUACUGCAUCUGUACACCAUGGCAGGACUCCCUACAAACCCCAGGCUGACUCGACAGCAGAGAAAACAGCAGACAAUGUCUCUUCUAGCACCCCCCUCUGCGUGAUCACCAAUCGCCCCCCACCUAGCACUGCCAAUGGGGUCACAGCUGCCAGUGUGCUCUCAACUACUGGGACAGACUCGUCCGUGGAAGCCAGGGAGAAGAGGAGGUCAUAUCUGACUCCUGUACGGGAUGAGGAAGCAGAGUCUUUACGGAAAGCACGCUCCAGACAAGCUCGGCAGACUCGAAGGUCUACUCAAGGUGUAACCCUAACAGACCUUCAAGAGGCAGAAAGAACUUUCAGCCGGUCGAGGGCAGAGCGGCAAGCUCAGGAGCAGCCUGGCGAGAAGCCUGUAGACACCGAAGGGCUUGAGGGCUGCUCGGAGAAGAGUGAGCCUUCAGCAGUGCCGGCAAAGGAGGUUGGGGAGGGCCGACAGCCGUGGGUUGGAAGCCUGGAUGAAGAGUCUGUCUAUCGUCGCCUGAGGUGUCCAGCUAAGCCAGACAAACCCACAACACCAGUAUCUCCCUCUGGAUCAAGACCUUCACUCUACACCAGUUCCUAUCUGCUACAAACAAGUAGGUCUUCAGUCCCUGAUUCUGAGAAUUCAGAGACCACCACAAACAUUGCAAAGGAAAUGGACAAAAAUGAGAGCGAAGAAGCAGAUUUAGAUACUCAGUCCUCCAACAGGCUGUCCAGCCGAGACAGGAGGCGACCCAAGGAACGGCGAAGAGGCACGGGCAUCAACUUCUGGACAAACGACGGGGAUGAAGCUGAUGUCUCCGAAGAGGUGAAACAGGCACUGGAUUCUUCUAUGGAAUGGCAGCCAGGCACCAUCCAGUUCUUCUGGUCUCGUGGCAAAGAAGGCAAUUAUUCAUGGAGGCAGUUAGCCACACAUUCCAUAUCCUCUUCCUGUUCCUGACUCUUCUUCGCCCCUGUUGUUCCAGGUGAAUAGAAACCAAUUAUUGUACCUUGCUAGUUUUUGAGACCCCAGGCAUUGAACUAGGAGGUAGAACAGAAGCACUAAAGAUGUUAUUAAGCCAAAUAACUGGGAUGUCCCGUGAACCCGUGACCCUAAACCUCCAAAUUUGCUUUUCUUGAAACCAAAUCCCAUGAGGUUUUUGGUUGUACAUAAGCAGCCUCAGCAGCUACUCUUUUUUUCUUUUCACUCUGUUGUCAUUGUUAUAAAUACAUCUAUCACACAGCUUUUGUCAAUUCAACUUUUUGCAGGUGUACAACUUAUUGACAGCAAUAGAAUAAUCAGCUAUGCAGCGCUACCCGUAUCAGUGUGAUCUUUCUAUCACUGUUAACCAGCUUUUCCCCUUCCCCCUGCCCCUGGUAACCACUAAUGAACUUUGGUCUCUAUACAUUUUCCUUUUCUUGUCUUUUUAUGUAAGUGAGGUCAUACAGUAUUUGUCCUUUUGUUACUGACUUAUUUCACCCAGCAUAAUGUCUUCCAGCUCUAUCAAUACUGUAGCAUGUAUCAAGACUUCAUUUCUUCUACUGGCUGAGUAGUACUUCAUCGUAUGUAUAUACCACAUCUUGUUUACCUGUUCAUCUGUUGAUGAGUAUUUAAGUUGUUUCCACUUUUGGCUAAUGUGAAUAGUGCUGCAGUGAACACUGAUGUACAAGUCUCUGUUUGAGUCUCUGCUUUCAAGAUUUUUGGGUAUAUACCUAGAAGUGGAAUUGCUGGGCCAUAUGGUAGUUCUAUUUAUAGUUUUUUGAGGAACUGCCACUCUUUUCCACAAUGGCUGUACCAUUGUGCAUUCCCACCAGCAAUGGGUAAGGGUUCCAAUUUCCCCGCAUCCUCACCAACAUUUGUUAUUUUUGCUUUUUAUCUUACCCAGGAGUGAAAUGGUAUCUCAUUGUGGUUUUUGUUUGUAUCUCUCUGAUGGUUAAUGAUGCUGAGCAUCUUUUCAUGUGUUGGUGGCUAUUUGAAUGUCCUCUUUGGUGAAAUGUCUAUUCAAGCCUUUUGCCCAUUUUAUGAUUGGGUUAUUUGUCUUUUUGUUAUUAAAUUGUUGAGGUUAUUAGAUUCUUUUCAGAUAUAUGGUUUUGGAAAUUAUUUUCCCAGUCGGUACUUGCCUUUUUACUUUCUCAGGAUAUAUUUAAUAACCCAUACUGAAAAUCAACAACUGCCUCAUUUUUAGCAGAGGAAAUAGAAAUAGUAUAUUGUGUCGUUGGCCUGCCCAUUAUUUUAGUCAAGACCCAAAACAGUCAACAAUGGCCUUCCAAAAAACCAUGCCUGUAAUGAGUAAUGGUGACAUAGGUGAGAAUUGUCUACCCCUGGUUAGAGCUGGGGCUGCUUCAUCAAGAUGGGCUGUGUUAUGUGCAAAUAUUAGUAUAUAGAGGCUCCCUUGAGGGAGAGCAUGUGCAAAUAACUCUCAGAUCCUUCAAGAGGCUUGUAAAAGCUUUUGGAGACAAGAAGAGUGACUGUAGGAAAGUCCCUAGGGGAAUUAUAAGACAUCUAGACAGAGAAUCUGAGUAAUAGAUUACAGACUAUUGAAAUGGACUAUGAUCCCUAGAGGGGUAUCCAAAACCCCAAACCUGUUGCCAUCAAGUCAACUCUAACUCACAGCAACUCUAUAGGACAGACUAGAACUGCCCGCACAGAAUUUCCAAGGCUGUAGCCUUUGCGGAAGCAGACUGCCGCAACUUCUCCCCCGGAGUGGCUGGUAGGCUCGAACUGCUGACCUUUCAGUUAGCAGCCAACACUGAGACACUGUGCCACCAGGGCUCUAUACAUGCCAUUUAGUCCAUCAAGGGAAUUAUGACAAGGAAGGUUUUAUUGUCAGGGAGCAUCUUUUGUCAGUGAAAAUCUUUGCCUUUCUAAACUACUUGGUAUUGGAAAAUCCUAGCUCAGGCACCAAGUAAGGAAAGUUAAAAGGCCCUUGAUGCAGUGCUUUCCUGAGAAUUUCAUUUUAGUGCCAUUGACUUAAAAUUAAUGAAAAGACUUUCUGAUUGGUGAGGAAAACCAGAGACUGUUGAGGAUUGGCAUGAAAGCCAUUUGUCAGGCUGAAAAAUAUUCCACUCAUCCAGUUGCUUGAGGCGCCUGCCAGUGUUUACCAUAUGCCAGGCAGACGCCACUGUGAAUCCAAGAGAAGUGUGAACAACCCAUUAUCUCUAGACAGGUAGCUUUGAAUGUAUGUAGACCAGCCAGGGUUGGUACAGGCACAUUCCAGGUGUCCGUCUCCAGCCUAGCCAACAAUGUAGAAGGGAAGGCUGAUUGAGAGUCAGCACAGGGUGGGGCAUCCUUUUUUGAAAAAGCAUUAUGUUUGCUUGCUUCGUUGCUCCAGCUUAUUUCAGUGAAGCUAUUACCCGUUUUCCUCCCCCUGAGCACUCUAUUCUAACACGAGAAGGCAGGAUGCCAUUAUCUGUAUAGGCCCACAGAGCAUCAUACCUGGUCAGGCCCAGUGUAAAUUGCUGCAGUGCUACCUUCAAGACCAUCAGCAGUAUAUAUGGCCACUCCCACUGCGCCACCUCCAAGUCCACCUGUCAGACAGCAGAGCUGACUUGGCUUGUGGCUCAGAUGAGCCACCCAGAGGAGGGCAUUCUGUUGAAAUGGCACUUUUAGCUGAUCAGCGUGGAUAGUGAUGAGGAGCCAGGACAAUCCUUUCUUUCCUGGUUUUUUGGUUCAGUAAAAUGGUACCUGCUAUUGUGGCCACAUCAGCUUCCUUUCCUCUCUUGGCUUGCUCCUUAAGAGUGGUGGGGUCUAUUAUUUUUAAUGUUAGCUCUCCCCAAGACCCUGAAAUCUAAUUUUUUUAAACUGAGAUAUAAUUUAUAACCAAUAAAAUGUACAGAUCUUAAACGGAUCAUUUUAUGGGUUUUGAGAGUUGUAUCCUUGAUUAUAAAAACAGUCUCUGAUGGGUUUUGGGUUAUCCGUGAUUAUAACCACCAUCCAAAUCAAGAUUAUAGAACUUUUUUGUUGCCUUAAAAAGUUCCCUCAAGCCCCUUUUCCAGUCAGUUCUCUGCCUAAAGACCCACCAUAGAUGAGAUCUGUCACCAUAAAUUACUAUUUCCUGUUCUUGAACUUCACAUGUGUAGAAUCAUUCAUUAAUAAUAUCUCAUUUUAAGAGUAGAUAGGAAACUUCAGUGGUUAUUAUCUCUAUCUUAUGCCUCCAGUCAGAGUUAGAGCUAAAAUGAUUCCAAAAUUUUUUCCCCCCUUCUUAAAGGUGUCCAAAGAAGAUUCUUCAACCUCUGUCCCCUAUUAUCAGUAACAACAGCAUGGUUAAGAAGACUUUUCUGUUGUUUAACCUAAUUAUCUGUUAACAUCAUUGAAGUCCAUUUCCUUUUUUUUUUUUUUUAAUGUACCGAAUCUAGAAAAUGUAGCCAUCAUUUAUACACAGGUAGGAUUUAUGCCCAGAAAUGGUUCUGAUAUUUGUUAUCAAUAGAGUGUGUGAUAGAGGAGAAACCAGUUAUACAUUGAGGGCAACUUUGAGGAAUGAUGCUUGGAAGACUGCGGACUUUGCUUAAACCCAACAUAGUGCAUGGUUUUAGUCCAAACCCAUCCUUCAUUGGUACAUUCAUGAACCAGCGACAAUGAAUAUAUAAUUAAAAGACAUAGCACCUCUGUGUUUAAAGCAAUUCUAUUUAGUCAUCCUCAUCAGGUGUAAUCUCUGGAAGUUUUAAUAUAUCCCUUGUCUUGCUAAGUGAAAAAAAAAAACUGAAUCUGAAUAUGAGGAAGUGAGUUAUUGCAGUAAACCUAGUGCCGGGGAGUCAAUUCCGACUCAUAGCAACCCUAUAGGACAGAGUAGAGUUUCCAAGGAGCGCCUGGUACCUGAAAACGGUUUUGUAUUCAGGAGUAUUUUUUUUUUUUUUUAAACAGGUAGUAACUGCACAGAAUGUUUGCUGUGGUAGGCACAGGCACAGCGCAGAAGGCGAUGGCCAUUUGGGUUCUUUUCAUCUUUUUUACCCACAGCUUUGGCUGCCUUCUUUUUGCUUAACAUUGAGCUUUAUCUACUGUAUUCUUGUUGCCUCCCCCAGUAUCAAGGAUUGGCUCCUUUGGAGCUAUUUCUCAAGCCAAUCCUGUUGUAUAAUUGAAUUUAUCACUAGAGGGCACAAGUGGUCAACAGAAAAGAUAGUGAACAAGCAGAAUGGUAUCUUAAAGAAGCUGAGCAAAAGACAAAUUGUUUUUAUUUUAAAAGAAUUUUUAAAAUUAUAUUUUAGAUGAGGGUUUACAGAGCAAAUUAGUUUCUCAUUAGACAAUUAACACACAUAUUAUUUUAUGACAUUGGUUGCCACCCCCGCAACAUGUCAACACUUUCCCCUUCUCGACUUUGGGUUCUCUUAAAGGAAUUUUUGAAGAACCCAGUACAAUGUAGUAAAGUCUUGCCUCCCAACUUUUGGUAUCUUAGAAUUAGAAGGAAAUUCAGAGAUAACGUGGUUUAGAAACGUCAUUUUACAAUUAAGAAAACUGAGGCCUCAAGAAGUAAAGGAAUGUUUAGGGCCAUACAAGCUCUCCUAGGUGAACACCCUGUACUCUGCAUCAGGGAACCUUUUUGUUUGAUUGUGGUGAAGCAGACCCCAAAUUAGGGCUUCCAUCAUUUUCCAUUCCCUAUUUAUCCAUUUGGUUUUUUUACUCAGUAGGUUGCAUAUUCAAAUUGACUUGCUAGUAGCAUCUCACCUCCUUGAGUGAAGGAAGAUCUUCUUGAAGGACAACUUAAAAGCCUACUCGGAGUAUCAAGACUCGCUGGGUAGAGCAUCAGCAUUCUGCUACUGUCCUUGACAUAGGUGGGUAGGUUAUCUGUCAGGAAGUAAGAAUUUCCAUACUAUAGUUAGGAAAGUGCUUCUUUUUUUUCUAAAAUACCUGUUUCUUUUAUGGAAUCAGGCAGCACUCAAUCGGAACAGCAUCACUGAAACUUUACCCCUAAAGUCAGCAGCUACCCAUCCCAGUCCAGACUGGAACCCACAGACGUGGAUUACUAAUUAUCCCUCAGAAUGCAUUGGUAAAGAAGGUCCUGUUAAGAAAUUACUAAUUCACGGAUAUCAAGAUAUCUGCCUUAGAUCUUUGUAAAACUAUUCCAAGAGAGAUAAUCAAUUAAACGUAAAGUUUUCAAACUAAAUGAAAGAGAGAAAAGAGCUGAAAUUUGUUGGCAAAGCUUGGUUUUGAACUUAGAUUUAACAGAAAAUAAAAGUUGGCUUGAGAGCCACCUGACCCCAGAAAUGUCUCUAAUACUAAAAGUCACUAAGUCAUGUCUUAGUUAUCUAAUGCUGCUAUAAUAGAAAUACUACAAAAGGGUGACUUUAAUAAACAAAUUUAUUUUCUCACAUUUUAGAAAGCUAGAAUUCUGGAUUAGGGUGCCAGCUCUAGGGGAAGGCUUUCUCUCUUUGUCAGCUCUGGAGGAAGGCCCUUGUCUCUUUGAGCUUCUGAUCCUGGGUGAUCUUCACGUGGCUGGCAUCACUCUUCCCUCAUAGCUCCUCUGCUUGCUUGUUUAAUCUCUUUUAUAUCUCAAAAGAGAUUAACUCAAGAUACACCCUGCAGUAUGGUGAGUUAUUUAAUAUGGCCCUUCUAGCCAUAGCCUUUGAGACUCUCACAGCGAUUGGGUGGGACUAUGCAAAUAAGGCACCUGUGGUCCACCAAGGGAAUUGGACAUCUUGCUGCUAAUGCAAAUAAGCUAUAUAGAAACCUAACGAGGGGAUUGGUCAGUUUUGCCAUCCCACCAGGCUUAAAAGAGAGCCAGUCCCAAAGCAGAGGGGGACGUGACUACCACCAAGAAAGAAGAGCCAGGAGUGGAGCACAUCCUUUGGACCUGGGAUCCCGGCGAUGAGAACCUCCUCGACCCUGGAGCUGUAACACCAGAGACAGUGAGAAACAGCAAGAAGCAGCAGCAGAGAAACAGAGGCAGCAAAGGCAGCAGAACCAGGAGACCUGCAGGAGAUGGCUCAGUGGGCUUCCCAGGCCAUGGAGUGAAAGAACUAAGUGCUUUGGGCAGGAGGCUUCUUGGCAGAGUGGGGUGCCUCCAGGCACUUACUGGAGGAGCUAAAGAACUUUGUAACACUUGCCCAAGGAGGGCAGAGGAAGGCUGGCCCAAGAGGCCUGAAGGACGGAAGGCCAGAGACCUGCCUUCAGCAUGGCUGAGGAGAGGCUGUCCUCAUUGAAGAACUAUAUCCUGAGCUUUCCUGAACUUGAAUUGUAACCUGUUACUUCCCUAAUAAACCCCAUAACUGUGCGUAUGGUCUGUGAGUUCUGUAUGGCCAUUGUAACAAAUUAUUGAACCCAGCAGAGAAGUAGAGAGUGCUGUGGGAGGGAUGGUUUGUGCCAGAAUUGGCAAAAAGGUUGGAGAGAGGAGGUAUGUCUAAUCUCUGCCUCAUAGGAAUCAGCCUUGGGCUGUUGAUGCUAUAAAGCCUCCACUCCCAUUCCCUUUUUACACACCCUACACUAAUCCCAUCUCAUUAACAUAAAAAAGACUACCCAUUCCCAAAUGAGAUUGUAACCACAGGAAUAACCCCAAGGUUAGAAUUCACAACAUAUAUUUUUAGGAGACAUAAUUCAAUCCAUGACAUUUCACCCUUUGGUCCCCCAAAGUUCAUGUCCUUACCACAUACGAAAUACAUUCAUCGCAUCACAUCCUCCCAAAAGUCUUAAAUCAACUCCAAGUCCAAAAUCUCAUAUUUUGAAUCAUCUAAAUCAAAUAUGGGCGAGACUUUAGGUGUAUUCCAUCCUGGGACAAAAUUCCUUUUCAUCUGUAAACCUGUGAAAUCAAACUACAAUUUAUCUGUUUCCAAAGUACGAUGGUGGAACAGGCACCAAGCAAGUCCAAACCCGAGCAGAACAAAUUACAUUAGCUUUUGUCAAGUCUUGAAAAUAAUCCUCUGUUCUCUGAGACCAUCUAGGCAAUGGUCCUACCCUCCAGACUCUGGGUGUUGGCCAUGUUCUCUGGAUUCUGGAUGAAGGCUCUUUGGCCCUGGGCUUCAGCUCUGCCUUCCAGGCCCACUGGGAUGGAAACUCUGGUUCCUUGGCUUUGGGUGCCCUCAUUCUCCUAGUCCAUCUGAGUGGUGACCCCACUUCCUCAACCCCAGCAGGCCCCCAUUCUUAUACCCCUUGAGCAUGGCAGCCAAGCCCCCUCAGCUGUAGGCAGUGGCUCCACCCCUGGCACACCUUAACAACAGCCCCACACUCCAGAACUGAGUUGAGUCAAGAUCCAACUCUUUGAAACCUAGGAGGCUGUAGCUGUAGCCUUUCAGAUCCAGGAGACCUUGGCCCCACCCUUUGAAACUGAGAAGGCCCUGCUUCCUGUGCUUCUUCCAGCAGUUUACUGAUCUCCAAGCUGCUUCAGGGAUGGUACUUUCCUUUUUUUGGAGGACAAUAGAUAUAGCUCCUUUAGCCUGUUUCCUCCCUGUAGAAUUCCAAGAGACAGUUUCCUUUCGUCCUGUCUCUGACUCCUUCAGUCUAAGCUGAUGGGUUUUCUGCUGUGGUGAUUGGUUAGAUCCAUCAGUCAUAGGCUUAAUCUCUUUAACAAAAGUUUCCAGGACAUGUGCCCUUAAUUUGUACAGCAGAAUUUCCCAAAUCUUUAAGUUCUGUUUUCAUUUUGCACAGUUCACUUUAGAGUCCAACUCUUUCCUCUCGUAUUUUACUGUAAGUGGCAAGGAGAAGUCAUGCGAUCCCUUUAAGAUGCUGCUUAGAAAUUUCUUCAACCAGAUACCCAGGUUCAUCACUUAUAAGUUCAACCUUCCACCAAACAUUUGAACAUAAUUUAGACAAAUUCUUUGCCACUGCAUAAAAAGCAUCACCCUUCCUUCAUUUUCCAGUCACAUGUUCAUCAUUUUCUUUUAAAAUCUCACCAGAAGCAUAUUUAACGUCCACAUUUCUAGCAACAUCCUGUUGCUGACACCAUGUGUAUUCUCUAAGCCAACAGAGACUUUCUCUGUAGCUCUCCUCAAUUCCUUCUGAAUCCUCCCCAGAAUUGCAUUUGAUCUCCAUAAUUCUACCAACAGUUUCUUCAAGGCAACCUAGGCUUUUACUGUUAGAUAUCUUUAAACUCCUACAGUCUUUCCGCAUUUACCCCAUUCCAAAACUGCUUCUACAUUUUAGGUAUCUUUUUUUGUUAGAGGAGCAUGCCACUCUUCGGCUACCAAAUUCUGUCUUAGUUAUCUAGUGUUGCUGUAACAGAAAUACUACAAAUGGUUGGCUUUAACAAACAAACUUAUUUUCUCACAGUUUAGGAGGCUAAAAGUCUAAAUCCAGGGUACUGGCUCUAGGGGAAGGCUUCCUCUGUCAGCUUUGGAGGAAGGCCCUUGUCUCUUUGAGCUUCUUAUCCUGGGUGAUCUUCAUGAGGCUUGGCAUCACUCUUCCCCAUCUCUGCUCUACUCUGCUCACUUGUUUAAUCUCUUUUAUAUUUCAAAAGAGAUUGACUCAAGAUAUACCCUACAUUAAUCCUGCCUCAUUAACAUAAAAAGACAACCCAUUCCCAAAUGGGAUUGUAACAACAGGCAUAAAGAUUAGCAUUUACAACACAUUUUGGGGGACAUAAUUCAAUCCAUAACAAUGCAUUUCCCAUUUUGUUGCACCUUCCCCUUUAUAAGCUCCUCCUACUUAUUCUUUCAACAAGUACUUUUAGGUGCCAGUUAUGGUCAGGUACUUUUCUAGAUGUUGGAGAUAUAACAGUGAACAAAACUGACCAAAAACGCUUGCGCCUGUGAAGUUUACAUUCUAGUGGGGAAGGUUGUUGUUAAAUGCUGUCAAGUUGGAUCAGACUCACAGCAACCUUAUGUGCAACAGAAUGAAACUGCCCAGUCCUGCACCAUCCUCACAACCGGUGCUAUGUUUGAGCUCAUUGUGGCAGCCACUGUGUCAGUCCAUCUCAUCAAGGGUCUUCUUCUUUUUUGCUGAUCCUUUACCAAGUGUCUUAGGCUGGGUUCUCUAGAGAAGCAAAACCAGUAAAGCGUAUAAAUAUAUAUAUAGGGAGAGAUUUAUAUCAGGUAAAUGGCUCAUGCAAUAGUAGAGGUUGGAGUGUCCCAAGUCUGUGGAUCAGGGUGGAGGCUUCUCUUGAUUCACGUAGCUGCAGGGGUUGGCGAAUCCAAGGUUGGUAGGUCAGAGAGCAGGGCUCUUGCUCACAGGCUGUGAAGAUCAAUGAAUCCCAAGAUUGGCAGGCAAGACCACAAGGCUUCUCCUGAUUCAUGUAGCUGCAGGGACUGGCGAACCCAAGAUCAGCAGGUCGGGGAGCAGGACUCCUGCUCACAGGCUGUGAAGAUUGAUGAACCUCGAGAUCAGCAGAUAAGCUGAUAACCCAAGUCCCAAGAACCAGAGGUCAGGUGAACAGGAGGCAGCUGCAGGACCCAGAGCGAGCAAAAAGCCAGAAUGUCUGCUUAUAUUCGGAUCCAGGCCACACCCCCAAAGGAAACUCCCCUUCAACUGACUGGCUAACUCACAGCAGAUUCCAUCAUGGGAGGGAUCACAUAUAAACACUGAGAAUCGUUGCUCAGCCAAGUUGACACACAGUCUUAACCGUCGCACCAAGCAUCGUGUCCUUCUCCAGGGACUGGUCCCUCCUGAUAACAGGUCCAAAGGAGCACUCUGGCUGUACUUCUUCCAAGACAGACUUGUUCAUUCUGGCAGUCCUUGGUAUAGUCAAUAUUUUUCGCCAGCACCAUAAUUCAUUAAUUCAUCUUUGGUUUUCCUUAUUCAUAGUCAAGCUUUCACAUGCACCUGAGUCCUCAAAGUGAUAUGUUUGCUUUUCAACAUUUUAAAGAGGCCUUUUGCAGCAGAUUUACCCAAUGGAAUACUUCGUUUGAUUUCUUUAUUGUUGUUUCUGUGGGUGUUGAUUGUGGAUCCAAGUAAAAUGAAAUCCUUGACAACUUCAGUCUUUUCUCCAUUUAUCAUGAUAUUACUUAUUGGUCCAGUUGUGAGGAGUUUUGUUUUCUUUAUGUUGAGGUGUAAUCCAUACUGAAGGUUGAGGUCUUUGAUCUUCAUCAGUAAGCACUUCAAGUUCUCUUCGCUUUCAGCAAGCUAAGUUGUGUCAACUGCAUAUCACAGGUUGUUAGUUUUCUACCAGUCCUGAUCCUCCAUUCUUCUUCAUAUAGUUUAGCUUCUUGGAUUAUUUCCUCAGCAAAUAGAUUGAAUAAGUAUGGCAAACAGAUACAACCCCGAUGCACACCUUUCCUGAUUUUUAACCACGCAGUACCCUCUUGUUCUAUUUUAACAACUGCCUCUUGGUCUAUGUACAGGUUCUACAUAAGCACAGUUUAGUGUUCCGGAAUGCCCAUUUUUCGCAAUGUUACCCGUAAUUUGUUGUGAUCUGCAUGGUCGAAUGCCUUUGCGUAGUCAAUAAAACACAGGUAAACAUCUUUCUGGUAUUCUCUACUUUCAGCCAAGAUCCAUAUGACAUCAGCAGUGAUAUCCCUCGUUCCACGUCCUGUUCUGAAUCCGGCUUUAAUUUUCUUUAAUUCCCUGUUGAUGUAUUGCUGCAACCGUUUUUGAAGGAUUGCAAAAUUUUGCUUGCAUGUGAUAUUAAUGAUAUUGUUCAAUAAUUUCUGCAUUCUGUUGGAUCACCUUUCUUUGGAAUGUACACAAAUGUGAAUCUCUUCCAGUCGGUUGGCCAGGUAGCUGUCUUCUAAAUUUCUUGGCAUAGAUGAGUGAGCACCUCCAGUGUUGCAUCUGCUUGUUGAAACAUCACAAUUGGUAUUCUGUCAAUUCCUGAGCUUGUUUUCUGCCAGUGCUUUCAGUGCAUCUUGAACACGCAUCACAGCAACACAUAAGCCACCGUAGUACAACAAACUGACAGAUGCAUGGUGAGUCAGGGACAUAGACAAUAAAUAAUAAAUGUGUAAAAUGUGGUGCGCUUAAAGGUGAUAAGUGCUAUGGAAAACUAUAUAGAUCAUGCUAAAAAGGAAUAGAAGCAACAAGAUGGAAUGGGGGGAUUGCCAUUAUAAGUAGAGUGGUCUGGAUAGUCUUUACUGAGAAAGUAUCAUUUGAGCCUAGACUUAAAGUUUUUUUUUUUUUAAAAGGAAGUAAGGUGAGGAACCAUGUGGAUAUAUGAGGGUAGGGUAUUAUAUCCAGAGAUAAUAGCAGUUGCAAAGACCCUAGGCAGGAGUGUACCUGACAUGCAUAAGGACCAGUGAAGAGACAGAUGUGGCUGGAACAGAAUGAGCCAGGAGGUCAGACUAAGAGGGAGGACUUAAGGUGCUUUUUUAUAUAUAUAUAUGCAUGCAAAAGCUAGACUAUGAAAAAGGAAGAUCAAAGAAGAAUUGACACCCUUGAGUUAUGGUGUUGGUAAGGAAUAUUGAAUAUACCAUGAACUGCCAAAAGAACGAACAAAUCUGUCUUGGAAGAUGUAUAGCCAGAAUGCUUCUUAGAAGCAAGGAUGGCGAGACUACAUCUCACAGACUUUGGACAUGUUAUCAGGAGGGAUCAGUCCCUGGAGAAGGACAUUGUGCUUGGUAAAAUAGAGGAUCAGCAAAAAAAGAGGAAGACCCUCAACAAGAUGGAUUCACAGUGGCUGCAACAAUGGGCUUAAGCAUAAUAAAGAUAGUGAGGAUGGUGCAGGACCGGGCAGUGUUUUGUUCUGGUGUACAUAGGGUCACUGUGAGUUGGAACCUACUUGAUGGCACCUGUCUUAGUCAUCUAGCAUUGCCAUAACAGAAAUACCACUAGUGGAAGGCUUUAACAAAGAAAAGUUUAUUUUCUCACAGUAAAGUAGGCUCAAAGACCAAAUUCAGGGUGUCAGCUCCAGGGGAAUAUUUUUUCUCUCUGUCAGCCUUCUCAUCAGUCUUCUCCUGGUCGAGGAGCUUCUCAGGCUCAGGGACCUCAGGUCCAAAGGAUGCUCUUUGCUCCUGGUACUACUUUCUUGGUGGUAUGAGGUCCCCACUCUCUGCUUGCUUCCUUUUCCUUUUAUCUCUUGAGAGAGAAAAGGUGGUACGGGCCACAUCCCAGGGAAACUCCCUUUACAUUGGAUCAGAAGGUGACCUGAGCAAGGGUGGUGUUACAAUCCCACCCUAAUGCUUUUAAGUAUGCAAUUACAAUCCCAAAAUGGAGGACAACCACACGAUGCUAGAAAUUAUGGCCCAACCAAAUUGAUACAUUUUUGGGAGGACAUAAUUCAAUCCAUGACAGCACCUAACAACAACAGUAGGUUAUUGGCUUUUGAUCUGAGUCAGUGGGUAGCCAUUGUGGAAUUUUGAGCAAAAGAGUGGCACGAUUAUACUUGUAUUUUAAAGGGUUACUCUGGGUGCUGUUUUGAGAAUAUGCUCCACAGGGCCAUGGGACAUAAGUAAGGAGGCUAAUGCAGUAAUCCAGGGAAAAACUGAUGGUGGUUUGGACUGGGGUGAUAGCAGACCGUAAAGAUACUGACAAUACAUAUAUUCAGGAUAUAUUUUGAAGUCUAGAAUCAACAAGAUUUACUGUUGGAUUAAUAUAGGGUGAGAGAAACAGGAGCCAAGGUUGACACCAAGACAUUCAGCCUGAGGCAACUGAAAGGAUGAAAUUUUCAUUUACUGAGAUGCAGAAGACAUUAGGAGGAAUAGAUUUGGCAGGGGAAGAACAAGGGUUUGGUUUUGAUUUUAGAAGUAUUAAACCAGAAUGCUCCUGAAAAGUGAGGAAGGCGAGACUUCAGCUUGUUUAUUUUAGACAGAUUAUCAGGAAAGACCAGUUGCUAGAAAAAGAUAUCAUGUUUGGUAGACAGUCAGCGAAAACAACGGAAAUCCUCAGUGAGAUGAGUUGAUACAAUAGCCACAAUGGACUCAAACAUACCAACAAUCAUAAAGAUGGCAAAGGACCGGGCAGCAUUUCAUUCUGUUAUAUGUAAGUCGGAGCCAACUUGAUGGCAACUAACAACAACAACAAAUUUAGUAUGUCUGAUUGACAUUCACUGGGAAAAGUCAUGAGAACAGUUGGAUUUAGGAGUCUGGAGUUCAGAUGAACGUACCGUUCAUCUGGCUAUGUAAACUUGGAUUUCAGUAAACACAGGGACUGUAUUUAAAACCAUGAGAUGGGAUAAACUCCCUAAGAGAAUCAGUAUAGACAGAGAAGAGGUUCAAUGAUAGAGCCCCGGGUCACAACACAGUUAAAAGUGAGGGGAAAGGAAGAAUCAGCAAAGGAAAUUGAGGAGUUCUGAGAAUUAAGUACGGUUUUCCAAAACAAAAUCAAACAAAAAACACUCACAGAGCAGUAGGUGGUUUUGUCUUUCUGCCGUUUUUUCUCAACUUGUGUAGGGAUGUUACCCAUGAAGCCUGCUUGGCCUGUUUAUAAAAGCGUCAUGCAGUGGUGUAGGAGAGCUGAUGUCCCAGGGCAUCCUCUGACAUCUUUUGGAAAAGUCUGGGUGAUUUUUUCUGACUCUCCAAAUAAACUAUUCUUUAAGAAUGAAUUAAUACAUAAAUACAUAACUGUAAAAUCAUAUGAUUCUAAGGUCAAGGUACUCCAAAAAGCCUUAUUCUCAUCCAGAUUUAGGAGCUCACAGAUUUGGAAAAUAAUUUGAAUAAGUCUCAAUCGCUUCUAACUACUGAAAUGUAUUAACACAUUAUCCCCACUUUAGAGAUGAGGACACUAAGGAACAGAAAGGUUAAGUCAUUUAUCCAAAGUAGUUGAGUGGCGGAGUAGGGGGUUGAACCCAGCCACCUCUCUGCAAAUCUCUUUAAGAGAGCUUUGAAGCCCAAGAGUGUCCGAUGACUCUUGUUACAUCAGAGGGAUUCUGUUGAUUAACCAUGCCUGCAAUGAUUUUUUUUUUUUAAGUGGAUUCACCUCUGGGUCCCCUUUGUUUUGCCUAAUUUUCCUCAGCCAUAUUACAUCUUUGAGCAACUAGCACUUCCAUUUCAGUUAAGAAGAGACUUUCUUUGAAAAAUUUAUUUCUAAGUGCAAUUGUAUUAUUAAAAUCUGAUUUAGCUGCGUGAUGGCUAGAGUGACCGUUGCAGACUUUGAAUUUUAGAGCUUAAAGAAACUUUAAAGUCCGUCUAGCUAGCCUUCUCAUUUUAAAAAAUGACUAAGGCCUAGGGAGAUUAAGUAAUUUGCCAGGAUCCUAUAGCUGUAUUCCCACUCCAUGGCUGUUACACUACCUUUAGUUGAAUCUUUAGAUCUGUUAUGUAUCUUAUGUCGUAUACUGUUAUGACAAAUAUUAUAGCAUAGUGGUUAAGAGUACAGACCCAGGAGCUAGACUUCCUGGGUUCAAACCCCCGCUCUGCCACUCAACUACUUUGGAUAAAUGACUUAACCUUUCUGUUCCUUAGUGUCCUCAUCUCUAAAGUGGGGAUAAUAUGUUAAUACAUUUCAGUAGUUAGAAGUGAUUGAGACUUAUUCAAAUUAUUUUCCAAAUCUGUGAGCUCCUAAAUCUGGAUGAGAAUAAGGCUCUCUGGAAUACCUUGACCUUAGAAUCAUAUGAUUUUACAGUUAUGUAUUAAUUCAUUCUUCAAGAAUAGUUUAUUUGGAGAGUCAGAAAAAAUCACCCAGACUUUAUAAUUCCAGCAUAUAUGUGUCUGUGUUCUGACAUAUACCUGGGGAAUUUUGAGGAAUAAGUUUCAUACGGAUUGUCGAAGUAGGGGGAAAAAAAUGGAUAGAAGAGAAAGAACAAUGAUUAGAUGUUUCAAAUUUUACUCAGAAUUCUUUCAAUACCUGAUCAAAUCAAGCCCCUACAAAUUUCCUUGUCAAUCUAGUAGGCUUUCAUUUUUAUGCCUAAAUUACCCCUCUCAUUUAUGCUCCUCUGCCAGAGUUUCUGAAAGUUUCAGUUUCAUAGAUCUUUACUGUUUUUCCCCACCCUCUUUCUUGGAAUAAGUAACAGCCUUUUUUCUUAUUUGCUUUAAUUUUUUGCAACUUUGCUUCUGGCUGUUUGCUGGAUAUUUUCCCUCUCUCACACAGUAUUUUUUAAUCUUGCGAAGCCCUUUGAUCUCCUGGAGGGCAUCCAGCUAUUUUCUGUCCACUCUCUACACUGGGCGAUAUAUUUGCUGUUCUCCUUUUAGGUAAAAUCCUAGGUCUGUUUUGCUUUCGCCUCUCUCUGGUGCCUGAUUGCCUAAUAUGGUAAGGUAUGUCCUAGACAAGACUGCACUGUUGAGAUGGAACAACAGUUUGACUAAGUUUAAAGAUGUGGUAGGUGAGCUAUCAGAAUUAAUUAUUUGUGUGGUAAAGUAAUAUAUUUUAACAGUAUACCCUAUAAGAGCCGCAGGCCCCUUUUGUCUCUAGCAAUGAAAGGAACAAAACACAGAUUUUUCUUUCCUCAAUCCAUCUUCAGGCAGAUAAGGACAAAAGGGAAGAGUAGUUAGCUUGCCCCCAGAAUAAACGUAUUUUAAAGAGAAAUUUUGAGAAACUGAUAUCAUGAUAAUGCUUAUAAGGACAUAAGAAGUAGGGACAGGUUGAAUAAGUGAUGGCUAUUAAACAGUUCUGUCGUAACCAGCCUCUGGGAGUUGGUAGGCAUUCCACAUGUAGAAAAGCAAGGGGUCCCGGAUCUGUACAAUUAAUGACAAUGGGCAGUCCCCAGAAAGGAGACAAAGAUGGAGAAAUGGCAACUAACCAGCUCUGUAUGUGGGAAGCUGCCUUUUAUCCAAUGUGUACUGAAGAAUUUUCUCCAGUGGUUGAGUCCACUUUGGCUGGAAGGAUCUUUCUUCUCACUGUACAUUUGCUCUUGCUUUGCAAACUGCAGUUUCUUAAAAUACUGCAGAUUCUGUGAUUUUCUAUAUAUGGGUCAUACUUGUGCCUUGCUCUAGCCUAAGCUGUAUAAACCAUCUUAAGAACAAAGUUACUUUUGGAAUCUUCCUUUUAAGGUCUCUAUUAAUUUUAGGUCAUGCUGUUGCCAAGGAAAUCUCUGUAAUCAAAGCUCACAUAUAUUCCUUUGAGACCCUGUAGUUUUGGAACCCACUGUGCCAUUACAUCAGUGAAUUCCACUUUAAUCUGAAAUCUUUUUUCAGAUAGAAUAAAUUGACCUUCAAGGUAUCUGUUUGCGUUUCUCUCAUACAUCUUAGCCAGAGACGCAGAAGGUUUAUCAGCUACUAAGGAUUUUUUUUUUAAGGAUAGUAAACCUCUUGACCUUUUCUUCCAAUUUCUUCCUUCUCUUGCUUCCAUCAGCCUUCAAGGUAUGAGUCUGUGUUAGUCACCUGUGACCUUGUCUUCCUUUGUUGGAGGGACAGUGAUGAGCUUGAAAUUCUGCUUGAACCUUUUUUUAUGAUUAUAAAAUGUAAUACAUUUCAUUAUUAAAAAUUAGGAAGUACAGAAAAGUAUAAAGCGGUGGUUCUCAAAAGCAGUGACAUUUCUGGAGGGAGUCGUAAAAAUGCGUAGGGGUACUUUUGGGGGUUACAGUGAUGGGGGAUGUCCACGUGCAUCUAAUAGUCAGGAACCAGAGAUGCUAAGUGUCUUUCAAUGUUCCGUAUAACAAACAAACGAACUUCCUUUAGCUCGCUUGACUUCUGACUGUCUCACUGGACAGUCAUGGAGAUGAAAACCUGUCUAUUAUUUGAGUAUAAAACCAAACUUCCUUUUACAUAUAAACUCUUUUUUUUUCCUGCUGAAAGUUCAACUACCAUGUAAAUUGGAGGAAAACUGUACCUAGUUUUACUCAUCAUUGAUGUCAGUUUCUUUGUAUAAUGACAACUUAAACAAUUCAUUCUGCAGAUCUGCAUUUGACCUCUGUCUUCAUGAUUCUGUGAUGGGUCCAAGCCUCUGGCUAUCUUAUGCCUUCUAGUGUUUUUGGGCCCAAGCAUUUACACAUUGAAAUACACAUUUUAUUAUAAAUUUAUUUUAUUUCUUCUUUAUAUUAUUACUGAUUUUUUAUGAUUUUAGCUAAGUUUUAUAUCUGUGAAUUUUAUUUCAGGGUGUAAGGGUGGGGUGUUAGAAAAUAUUUUUUGUAAGGAGGGGAUCGUUUCUGCUAUAAAGAACAAGAAAAAAAAUGCCUAUAACCAUACUACUCAGAGGAAGUAAUUGGUAACAUUCUGGUGAGUUUCCUAAAGCUUAAAAAAAUAAAAAUUCAAGACCAGCUAAUGGCGUUCUUAAGAAAAGGAUCAUUUUCAACUUGAGCAUUCCUGGGGCCCCAUCAUUACCUUGAUGACAAUUUCUUAAGGUUGUCUUCAAAGCAGUUGGGUUCAACUCUUUUAUCAAAGUAGUCGGUACUGUGAUGGCUUUGAUCAUAGACAGCCUCCAGGAAUAAUUGUUCCCCUUUCAGCCAGAGUUGAAGGGUUACCUUGGUUACAAAAGUAUACAUUUCUUCUGUUGAUAGCAAGGCUGGAGAGCCUUAACCAUGGCUUACGUUUAGCUAACAUCAGCGGUCUAGCCCCAGGAAUUGAGGUAGAAAGCUUAGUGUGGGAUUUGCAGCUCCUUUUGAAUAAAUGGAGUGUUUAUGGAUUGCUGCAGCAGGAAUGUUGAGCUUGAGGCACUAACAGAUGUUGCUUUUGAAACUGUUGUUUUGGUAGUACCUAAAGAGGAUUAGUUGGGGUGAGAAUGUGAAGAUAAAUGGUUACAACCUACCAGUUUUAAUUUUUCUCCAGUCCAUCUCAGUUUUUAAUGAAGUUCAAGAAUCAGAUAGCAGCCAUUUAGUAACAUGAGUCUCUUUCAUGGAGAAGCCAUAGUUUUGUAUCCAACUAUCCCUUAAGGUACAUAAAUGUUCACACAGGUGUGCCUUAACAGAGUGCGUGGUUUUAAAAAUGCUUGACUUUUCUUAUGCUUUAAAAUGUGUUUACAUUUUCUUACAACCUGAACCCUUAUAUACUAAAAUACGCUAAUGUUAUUGGCUACUAAGAGGAAAGAAAGGACAUUUUAGAAAACCACUGCAAAUUAGUACCUCAAAAUAAAAUAUCGAUUAUGUUCUUGAAGCUUAUAUUGUUGUUGUUACCCACCGUCAAGUCAGCCCCUGACUCAUGGUGACCUCAUGCGCAAUGGAACAAAACACUGUCCGGUCUUGGGCCAUCCCACCAUCAGUUGCGCAUCACAGUGAUGUAAUCCAUAGAGUUUUCACUGGCUGAUUUUCAGAAGUAGAUCGCCAGGUCCUUCUUCCUAGUUGCCUUAGUCUAGAAGUUCUGCUGAAACCUGUUCAGCAUCAUAGCAAUACUCAAGCCUUCACAGACGAACAGGUGGUACAUUGGCUGGGAAUCAAACCCAGGUCUCCCACCGCGAAGGUGCUGUAUCUCUUGUUUCAGAUUUUUUUUCUGGUGAUAGAUAGCAUUUUAAGGGCAAAAUAACAUGUUUGGAUGUUAUAUCACCAAAUAAAACAUGUUAUACCUAAAGCUGAUAUUUAACAUAGUUGGAGACUUUCAAAAGUGGUAUGCCAAAUUUGAGAGUCAUAGGAGUGUCUAUGGGGACUGCAUGCCAAGUUUCUCAUCUCUCCAGGUGUCUAGUAUAGCUACUUGCUGGCUGUUGUGGAAGGGCCAACACUCUGCCUUCUUCUGAGGCCCAUGGGGAGGGAAAAUGUUGAUGCCUAUUUUCCAGUGGUAUGUGGUGGAGUAGGGACCAUGGCAGCAGAGCCAGCCGAGUCUUCAUCUUUGGCACAUAAUGCUGUGUAUAUCAGGAGUCAGCAAGCCAUUUCUGAAAAAAGUCCAGAUAGUGAAUAUUUUUGGCUUUGCAGGCUAUGUGGUCUGUUGUAAUCUUUGCCAUUAUAGUGGGGAAGCAGCCAUAGACAUUAUGUAAACAAAUGGUCAUGGCGAUAUUCCAAUAAAACUUUAUUUACAAAAGCAGGCCGGUGGAACUGGAUUUGGCCUAUGGGUCAGGCAGGCCACAGUUUGCCAGCCCCUGUUCCAGGUUAUUGAUUCAGAAAGUAUUUGCUGAUAUCAACAUGACUCCAAAUGUCAGUUUUGUGUCUAAGCACUUCUCUGGUAAUUCAGCAGUUUUUCCAAUUCCCCUGAUUCUUUAGUAUCAUCCAUAGUUGAGGGGCAAAAAAAAGGUUUUUGUUUUUGUUUUUUCAUUUAAGUGUGAAUUCCAAGUAACUAGUCACACUUAGGAAACUCUGGUGGUGUAGUGGUUAAGUGCUAUGGCUGCUAACCAAAGGGUCGGCAGUUUGAAUCUGCCAGGAGCUCCUUGGAAACUCUAUGGGGCAGUUCUACUCUGUCCUAUACAGUCGCUGUGAGUUGGAGUCGACUCGAAGCACUGGGUUUGGUUUUUGGUUUUGGUUUAGUCACACUUAAAUGAAAAAAAAAAAAUUUUUUUUCCCCCUCAACUAUGGAUGAUAUUAGGGCCAAAGAUGAAGAAAUAGAAGAUUUUUAUCAGCUGCUGCAGUCUGAAAUUGAUCAAUGCACUCAAGAUGCAUUGAUAAUUACUGGUGAUUGGAAUGCGAAAAUUGGAAACAAAGAAGAAGGAUCAGUAGUUGGAAAAUAUGGUCUUGGUGAUAGAAACAACGCCAGAGAUCGAAUGAGAGAAUUUUGCAAGACCAACGACUUCUUCACUGCAAAUACCUUCUUUCACCAACAUAAAUGGCAACUAUACACAUGGAUCUCGCCAGAUGGAACACACAGAAAUCAAAUUGACUGCAUCUGUGGAAAGAGAUGAUGGAAAAGCCCAAUAUCGUCAGUCAGGACAAGGCCAGGGGCCGAUUGUGGAAUAGACCAUCAAUUCCUCAUAUGCAAGUUCAAGCUGAAACUGAAGAAAAUCAGAGCAAGUCCAUGAGAGCCAAAAUAUGACCUUGAGUAUAUCCCCCCUGAAUUUAGAGACCAUCUCAAGAAUAGAUUUGACGCAUUGAACACUAGUGAACGAAGAGCAGACGAGUUGUGGAAUGACAUCAAGGCCAUCAUACAUGAAGAAAGCAAGAGGUCAUUGAAAAGACAGGAAAGAAAGAAAAGACCAAGAUGGAUGUCAGAGGAGACUCUGAAACUUGCUUUCGAACGUCAAGCAGCUAAAGCAAAAGGAAGCAUUGAUGAAGUAAAAGGACUGAACAGAAGAUUUCAAAGGGUGGCUCGAGAAGACAAAGUAUUAUAAUGACAUGCGCAAAGGGCUGGAGAUGGAAAACCAAAAGGGAAGAACACACUCGGCGUUUCUCAAGCUGAAAGAAUUGAAGAAAAAAAUCAAGCCCCAAGUUGCAAUAGUGAAGGAUUCCAUGGGGAAAAUAUUAAACGAUGCAGGAAGCAUCAAAAGAAGAUGGAAGGAAUACACAGAGUCAUUAUACUAAAAAGAAUGAGUCGAUAUUCAACCAUUUCAAGAGGUAGCAUAUGAUCAGGAACAGAUGGUACUGAAGGAAGAAGUCCAAGCUGCUCUGAAGGCAUUGGCAAAAAAACAAGGCUCCAGGAAUUGAUGGAGUAUCAAUUGAGAUGUUUUAACAAACAGAUGCAGCGCUGGAGGUGCUCACUUGUCUGUGCCAAGAAGUAUGCAAGACAGCUUCCUGGCCAACUGACUGGAAGAGAUCCAUAUUUAUGCCUAUUCCCAAGAAAGGUGAUCCAACCGAAUGUGGAAAUUAUAGAACAAUAUUAUUAAUAUCACACACAAGCAAAAUUUUGCUGAAGAUCAUUCAAAAAUGGCUGCAGCGGUAUAUCGACAGGGAACUGCCAGAAAUUCAGGCUGGUUUCAGAAGAGGACGUGGAACCAGGGAUAUCAUUGCUGAUGUCAGAUGGAUCCUGGCUGAAAGCAGAGAAUACCAGAGGGAUGUUUACCUGUGUUUUAUUGACUAUGCAAAGGCAUUCGACUGUGUGGGUCAUAACAAAUUAUGGAUAACAUUGUGAAGAAUGGGAAUUCCAGAAGACUUAAUUGUCCUCAUGAGGAACGCUUACAUAGAUCAAGAGGCAGUUGUUCGAAAAGAACAAGGGAAUACUGAUUAGUUUAAAGUCAGGGAAGGUGUGUGUCAGGGUUGUAUUCUUGCACUACAACUAUUCAAUCUGUAUGCUGAACAAAUAAUCCGAGAAGCUGCACUAUAUGAAGAAGAACGGGGCAUCAGGAUUGGAGGAAGACUCAUUAACAACCUGCGUUAUGCAGGUGACACAACCUUGCUUGCUCAAAGUGAAGAGGACUUGAAGCACUUACUAAUGAAGAUCAAAGACCACACCCUUCAGUAUGAAUUACACCUCAACAUAAAAAAAAAAAGAAAACAAAAAUCCUCACAACUGGACCAAUGAGCAACAUCAUGAUAAAUGGAGAAAAGAUUGAUGUUGUCAAGGAUUUCAUUUUACUUGGAUCCACAAUCAACUGCCAUGGAAGCGCAGUCAAGAAAUGAAAAGACGCGUUCCAUUGGGUAAAUCUGCUGCAAAGGGCCUCUUUAAAGUGUUGAAGAGCAAAGAUGUCACCUUGAAGACUAAGGUGCGCCUGACCCAAGCCAUGAUAUUUUGAAUCGCAUCAUAUGCAUGUGAAAGCGGCAUGAUGAAUAAGGAAGACCAAAGAAUUGACGCCUUUGAAUUGUGGUGUUGGCAAAGAAUAUUGAGUGUACCAUGGACUGCCAAAAGAACAAACAAAUCUGUCUUAGAAGAAGCACAACCAGAACGCUCCUUAGAAGCAAGGAUGGCGAGACUGCGUCUUACAUACUUUGGAUGUGUUGUCAGGAGGGAUCAGUCCCCGGAGAAGGACAUCAUGCUAGGCAGAGUAUGGGGUCAGGGGAAAGGAGGAAGACCCUCAAUGAGUAGGAUUGACACAGUGGCUGCCACAAUGAGCUCAAGCAUAACAACGAUUGUAAGGAUGGCACAGGACUGGGCAGUGUUUCAUUCUGUUGUGCAUAGGGUCACUAUGAGUCGGAACCGACUCGACGGCACCUAACAAGAACAACAACCACAGUUACUUGGAGAGAACAGAAUUAUAUAUUCAAGUUUUAUUCCACAAAAUAAAAUUUUGUUUCACUUUAAAAAAUUAGUUUGGGGGCAAGGGAAGUCAUCAGUUUGGAAGGAUACAUGUCAUUUGUUCUCCCUUGGAAAAGCACUGAUGAGUUUUGAUUAUGACACAGGAAACAAGCUCCGAAGCUUCCUGAAUGAGGGCGUAAUGUAGGGAGUGGGGAGUGGCUUCCAUGUCAUUUUAGAUGCAGUUUCUCUGUUCUGUUUCAGCUCGGUACGCUUUGAGGAGAAUGUCUAAAAUGGUUUUCCCAGUGUGUCCCUAUCUGUUUUUCUCAUCUGAUCCUAUCCCUUCUUACCUCCCAAAGACCUGUCUGAGGUUAGCUAAGAUUGCAGUUUGGGGACAUGUAAUCAAAGACAUUUGAGAAAUUCAGCUUUUUGUAGACAAGGCCAUAAGUAAAUGUGCCUUUAAGGCUCAUAGAUUCCUGCAUGGGGCCUGUCAGAAGACUGUUAAUUGCCGUCAUUCACUUUAAUUGCUGGUUGUCAUUUGAAUUCCUUAGUCUGGAGUAAGUUUGGAGUUUAUUAGUCUUUUUGCCUUGUCAACUUUCAGUCUACUAAAUAUAUAGGAGGAAGUUUUGGGUUGCAGAGAGAGUGACAGAAAUUUUCAAAGCUUUGACUCUGCUUAUUUGAAAUAAUAGGUAAGAGGAGUGGAUUUUUGGAUGGAGAAACUCAAAUCCUGAUUCUUCAACAACUUUAAGAAAAAAGUGAUGGAAGUUAACAUUCCUAUGUCAUAGUAAGACUCAUAUCAGGAGUGGGAAUUGAGCAUGGAUUGGCAGAAUUAAUCUCCUAAGUAAACAAAGCCAGAUCCUUUCUGAAGAAUAAGACUCUACCUAGUGUACAGCAUGUUGUCUGAGAAGGCCUCUCUUGGGUCAUUGAUACUAUAUAGUGCUGUGGAAUAAAACCAAUGAAAUAUUAUUUGGGCAACUUAUAAAUCACUUCUAGCGUCCUUGACUUAGAGCUAAGAGCAAGUUCGGAUACAGGCAGUCCCCGGGUUACAAACCAAAUCCAUCCCAAGUGUGUCUUUAAGUUGAAUUUGUAGGUAAGCCGGGACAGGUACAUACAGUUCUUAUUUAGCCUUACUUUACCCUGGUGGCAUAGUGGUUAAGAGCUAUGGCUGCUAACCAAAUGAUCAGCAGUUCGAAUCCACCAGACGCUCCUUGGAAACUCUAUGGGACAGUUCUACUCUGGCCUAUAGGGUUGCUAUGAGUUGGAAUCGACUUGACAGCAAUGGGUUUGAUUUUUGGUUUUAGUGCCAGAGGAGCCCUGGUGGCGCAGCGGUUAAGAACUUGGCUGCUGACCGAAAGGUUAGCAGUUCAAAUCCACCAGCUGCUCCUUGGAAACCCUGUGGUGCAGUUCUGCCCUGUCCAUAGGGUCUCUAUGAGAACUGACUCUAUGGGAGUGGGUUUGGUUUGGUCAUUUUUUUGUUUUGUUCAGUGCAAGAAAAGCAUCGAAGGCUCUUUAGUGAUUUGAAAGUUGGGCCAUGUGCAGCAAGUGAUAGUGAUUGUGAUGAAGAAUUUGUUGUGAGUAGGGGUUGGUUCAUCAUUUCAAAAUGAGGGCAAGUUUAUAUAACAUUAAAGGGCAAGUACCAGUUGUAAGUUGGAUGUUUGUAACCUGGGGACCUACUGUACUGAUAUGCCGCAAACGGAGCCAUUUUCAAUAAUGAUAACCUAGUAAGUAAAGCUUCUCUAACAGUCUUUCUCAAACUUGUCAGUAAGAAUCACAGGAGUCAUUUGUUUAUGAUACAGAUUUUCAGGCCUUUACCCUGGAGUUUCUGAUUUAGCAUGCUGGGCAAGGGGAGGUGUGGAGAGCUGAGGCCCUGGGCAUCUGUCUUCUAAAAGUCCAGCAGGUGAUGCUUAGCAGGCAAGUUUGACAAACGCUAUUCCUAGAGCUGUGACAUUUAGGGAUUGCUGACAUCCCAGGUAGGUCAUCAUUAAAAAGUAGGAUUAUCUCUGGCACAGUAACGGAGAUAGUGCCAACCCCUACUCUUCCCCCUCCUCCAGAAAGGCACAUUUAACCCAUAGAAUACCAAAUUCUCUAAGGCCCUCUAGGGCAAUCUGAUUCCACUCAGGAUCAGCAUGCAUUUGUUCAACCAACAAAUAUUUAUUAACUACCCUCCGUGUCCUAGGCACUGUGCACUAAAAAAAAGAAAUAUGCAAGACAAGCAGAGUCCUGCUGUCUCGUAGCACUCCCAUUUAAUGGAACAGGAGAUACUUCUGUUCAUCACCUAAGCUGAGAUGUCAAGUAGGCAGUUGAACAUAGGAGCCUGGUGUUCAAGGGAGGUGUUAGAGCCAGAGAUACAAACUUGGGAGUCAUUGUCUUAAAGAUGGUAUUUAGAACCAGAGGACUGGGUAGAAUCACUCAAGGAAAGAGUAUAAUUAAAGAAGAAAAAAGGGCCCAUGACUAAAACCUGGAUUACUCCAGGGCUGGCCUGAGACAGGAGCAGAAGUAUUGCUUCCACUGUAACAGGAGAAUAUAAACAGAUAAGUUGGUGGAUCUGGUGCUGGCAAAAUGAGGUAGUUCUAAUCUGACUUAUUGUGAUACACACAUGCACACACACACACACCCUCCAUACCUAGAGAUCAGUUAAAGUUGGAGCCUAUUGGAAUCCAGAUGAAAAAUAAUGAACAAGGAUUCUUAUGGUAGGUAUGGACCAAAGUCAAGAAAUUUCAGAAAUAUGAAAACUCAGCAGGAUUUGUUAUUUAACUGGAUGUGGAGGACGAAGCAUAAAGAAGAGCCUAGGGUCACUGGGAGGCUGCAUGGGAUAGUAGAACCAGUAUUAGAUUUGGAGUCAGAAGACCUGCAUCCAAAGCUGGUUCCAAAUCCCAUUAGCUGCAUGGUUUUGGAGAAGCAAUUUAACUUUUUUGAACUUCAGUUCUUUAAUCUGUGAAAAUGAGAUUAUUAUCCCCACCUCAUAGGCUCUGUAUAAGGAGUGGCAAUAAUAAUGUAUUAAAAGUGCCUGGCUAUAGUAAUAACUGAAAGCUAGUGGUAUGAUGGAAACCCUGGCGGCGUAGUGGUUAAUUGCUAUGGCUGCUAACCAAAAGGUCAGCAGUUCGAACCACCAGGCACUCCUUGGAAACUCUAUGGGGCAGUUCUAAUCUGUCCUGUAGGGUCGCUAUGAGUCGGAAUCGACUGGACAGCAGCGGGUUUGGUUUGGUUUUCGAUUUAGUGGUAUAAUAGUACUUCACCGGCCUUUUUUUUUUUUCCUUUCUGUAUCUUUGAGCUUUCGCACGUGCUAUUUCCAUUCCUUGGAAUGCUCUUCCUCUCUCUUUACUGCUUCUUUCUCCUCCCACUCCAUUUUUUUUUUGACACAUAUUGCCUUCCUUGACCUCUCUCCAGACCAGGCUAAGUACCCCUUGGUACCUUGAACUUAAUCAUUAAUACACAGCACUAAUCAUACUAUGUUGUAUUUGCCCAUUAAACCAAAUGCCUUGAAGGCAGGGUCUCUUUCUUGUUCAUUAUUUUACCCCCAGCAUCUAGCAGAAUACCUAGUAUUUAAUACGUUUUCUAUUAAUAUUUGUAGAGCAAUUAAAUUAAUGGCAUUAGUGUUUCUCGUUAUGAUGACUACAUGGAUUAUAUGCCACUAAUGAGGUUGAGAAUUCAGAAGGAAAACAUGUUUGGGGAGGAAGAAAAUGGUUUUCUUCUGGGCAUGCUGUGUUGGAGGAGUCUGUCAAACACAGGAAAGUACAUGUUGUACAGGCAGUUAGACACAUGGACCUGAAGUAUGUGGAACUCCACGGCUAGAGAUACAGCUUCGGAAGUCAUCAGCCUGCUGGCAACAGUUUCAGGUUUGAAAGGGAUGCUGUUUUCUGAGGAUAACUUGUGGAGCAGUGGUUCUCAACUUUUUUCCUCCCCCAUAUUCUGAGGAAUGUGGGCACUCACAUGAGUUAACUGUGGUCCUCUAUCUCAGUGAUUCUGAAGCAGCGGCAAGAAGAAGGGGAGCACAUUCCCCAGGGAGGCCUAUCAGAAUGUUUGUGGGUUGUGCUAAGGAGGACCACUGCUGUGAAAAAAGAAUAACAGACUGUUUAGAACAGAGCCCUAGGGCACCCCAGUGUAAUGGACAGGCAGAGGAGGAGCAGCACCCAUGAAAGAGAUCAGUAAGGAAACAUGGUCAGAGAACGAGGGGGAAACCCAGAAAGCUAUAGUGUUCCACCAGGCAAGGAAGUGAAAAGUUUCACGGACUCCAAGUGACAGACACUUAACUUCAAAGAGCUCAAGCAAAAAGGCUUAUGUAAAUGGGAAAUCUGCUUAUUGAUCCUGGCCUGGCUUCAAAAAAAAAAAAAAAAAUUCAGGCAUAGCUAAAUUCAGGAGGCCGGAACUUUGUCAUCAGAGCUCCGCCUUCUUUGUGUCAUUCACAGAGGAAGAAACACCUCCUGUAUCCAGUGUCCCUGUGUCGGUUUUCACAUGGCGAUGCUGAUUGGGUCAGGCGAGCUUCCCUGAACCAGUUUAUGUGGCCAGAGAUUAGGUGAGACCGAGUUAGGCAGUGAAACACAGGUUAAGAGCCUGUACUCUGGAGCCAAGUUAUUUGGGUUCAAAUCCCUGCUCUGCCACUUUAUAACCUCGAGCAAAUUACAUAAUCUCCCUAUGCCUCAGUUUCCUCACCUAUAAAAUGGGAGAAAUAAUGGUGUCACAUAGGUCAUUUUUUUAAAUAAAUGAGAUUAUGCAAUAAAGUGGACAGAACAGCGUCUUGCACAUAGUAAGUGCUCAGUAAAUGUUAGCCACCAUGGUGAUGAUAAAGAUAAUGACAGUUAUUAUUAUCAUGAUGAUGAUGAUGAACUAUAAUAACAACAACCCACCCAGGGAGUGGGGUGAAGUUAGGGAAGGGUCGACUACAUGGAAUAGGUUUCCCAUAAAAAAAAAAAAAAUAGGAAUUCCGUUACCAAAAGAAGAGAAAAUGAUAAGGUACUAGAAAGACAAAUCCUAGCUACCACCCAUACCCACUGCCCUCAAGUCAGUUCUGACUCACAGCUGCCACAGUCCCCAGAAAUCUUACCCAGUGGAUUUAGCAACAUAGAGAUGUUGCUAAUUUAUGAGAGCUGUUUGAGUGGGGUAAAUCAGAGGAAUGGUAUCUUCUCCUUGUAACUCAUCUGCAUUUAAUGGUUUUAUGGAUUUUGUGGGGGCUAAUAGCCUCUGGUUAGUACCCAUUUCCUUUGUAGGCAGAGUGCCAAGAUAGUUUGCCAUAAAAAUAUAUAUAUAUAUAUUUUUUCUCAUAAGAGCUUGAAGAGUUCAAACAGAUAUAAUCAUUGCAUCAUUUGGAAGAUUGUGGUGACUGUCUCAUUACGUGCUUUAUUUUGAAUUGCUCUCCACAAACAAUCCUUCUUCCACGUUUCUGCUUUUUCCCCCUUGUUGAGAACAGAUGGUAGAUCGACAUUCUUGCCUUUUCCUGCAAACAUUUUGAAGGAAUGAAAAGCAAAUAGACUUGUACCUCAGAGGAGCAUUCUCCACAUAUUACGCUAGCAAUUAUGGACAGAGUUAGUUACUGACUUAGCUAGUGAGAUGAGAUUGUGAGUCGUUAUCAAUUUCUCACUAAUGUAAUGUUGCCUAGGCCCACUGAGUUUUCUCCAAACAUGUUUCUGCCUUUUCUGUGUUUAGCUUACGUAUUUACAGAAAACCUUCAGAGAAAAAGCCUAAUUCAAGAUUGACAAGGGUCUGCCAAUAUGCCACUCUCAGAUAAUCUUAGCUGAAGAAGUUUCCAUGGAGUACAAUUGUAGAUAACAGCCCUCAGAGGUUCUGGCUUAGUCUAAAAUGGCCUCCAAAGAAAACUUGUUGAAGAAUAAUUAUGGAAAUUUUUUCCCUCCUGCUCUCCCUGUCUCCAAUUGCAUCAUCACUCCAGAAAAAUAUCACAAAUAAAACAGAACUAUGUUUUUUUUUUUUUAUGUAACAGAUAAGUAUCAAGAAAAAGUCAAGAAUCGAGAGUUCUAGCCUCCAACUUUACCAUUAAUAAAAACAGUGCAGUGGACCAGACUCGCUCUAUGAAUCAGCUGUUUCCAGCUAUGUAUUUAGGUUAGUUCCUUAAAGAAAGCUUCUUCCAGAAUUUACUUCCUAAAAAUGUUGUCUAUUUUUUUUUUUCUACUGCAAGCUACAGCUGAACUUCAAAGAAUAAAUUUGAUUUGGAUAGUAAUGAUUAUUAUACUGCCACCAAUUUCAAAAUAGGCAACUAGUUGACAAACAUAAGGAAAAUGUUCAACAUCACUGGUAUUCAAAACUAGAAAUUAAAAAUAUGACGAAGAAGGAUUUUUUUACCAACCAAAAUACAUAAAGACUUUGAAAAGAUAAUGCCCAAUUCAGAUGAGAAUAUACUGAAAUGGGUCAUCUCAUAUUUCACUUUUGUGAAUGCAAAUUAACACACCUUCUCUUCACUUAUCGACUAGCUCGUUUUCCAACACUUCACAUUUACAAUAGUAAAAAAUCUAUUUUGUGCAUUAACAACGCACAUCUGGCAGUAACGAACACCAAGUGCAAGGUGAGAGUAACAUUGGCUUUGAUAGUUAAGGCUGUGUGUCAACUUGACUGGGCCAUGAUUCUCGGUGGUUUGGCUCUUAUGUAAUGAUAUAACUUGGCAAUUAAUGUAAUGAUGUGGUCAACUUCCUUUUUGUGAUCUGAUGUGGUCAUUCUCCAUUUUUGCUAACAGCGAAUUCGCUUAACAACCUGAUCUUUGGAACCUAACCAUGUCAAUAAGUGAGGAGAUGGUGUACUGUCAAAAGCCUCAAAUUGAUCUAGAAUUUCCACUUAAGGAAAUCUACCUCUAGGAAACAGUUCUAAAUAGGUAUAUAUAUUUAAAAAGAGCUUAGUGUAGAUUUUCAUCGUGUUGUUGUUGUUCUUUGGUUUGUUGUUCUUCUUGUGUGCUGUUGAGUCGAUUCCAACUCAUACCAACUUUACAGGACAGAGUAGAACUGCCACAUCGGGUUUCCUAAACUAAUUUUACAGUAACAGAUUGCCAGGUCUUUUCUCCCGCAGAGUAGCUGGUGGAUUUGAGCCAUCGACCUUUUGAUUUGCAGCCGAGGGCUUAACCAUAAAAAACCAUAGGGUAUGUUAUAUAUAUGUAGCUCCAUAUAUGUUUAUAAGGUCCCUGAGUGGCACAAAAAUUUUUUACCCAACUACUAACCUAAAGGUUGGCAGUUCAAACUCACUCAGGGGUGCUGCAGAAGAAAGGCUUGGUGGUUUGCUUAUGUAAAGAUUACAGCCAAGAAAGCAUAGAAGCAGUUCUACCCAUGGAGCAGCUAUGCUUUGGAAUCGACUUGAUGGCAAUGGAUUUUUUUGUUUAGAUACAUUUAUUCAUUCAACACGUACCUGAGUGCCUGCUAUGUGGAAGACUGUCAGACACCAGUGAGCAAAACAGACUUAGUCCAUUUAGCUAUUUAUAGUACUGGAAAAAUUGGAAACAACCUAAAUGUCCAGUAUUCAGGCAGUAGUUUAGUAAACUUGGAUUCAUCCAUGGAAUGGAAUGCUAUGAAUAAUAGUUCAGUUUACCGGUUGGUGACUACUGGCUGUUUAGGAGUAGUUCCUUGGAAUAAAAUGGAGUAUUAGACAGCCAUUUAAAAAUGAGCUACAAAGAUAGUGCAAUAACUUGGAUAAAUGCUUAUGAUAAAACAUUAUUGAAUGAACUACCUGCAGAAUUAUAUACAUGGUAUGAUUACACCUCUAGGGGAAUGGAGAAUACCUAGGUCCAGGUAAAAAAGACAAGGGAGAAAGUCGCCAAACUGUUAACAGUGGUUGUGUUUCUGUGGUGAGACCAAAUGUGCUUGCCCUACUUUCCUUUAUUUUAUAAUUUUUUUCUUAAUGACCCCUUGUUACUUGUAAUUUUUUAAUUUUUUUUUCCUUAAAUGCUUUUUGGUAACAUGAACUUACAAACAGUGAAGGCUUGCUUGAAAGUGAAGGCUGCUCUGUGUGGGUU